AUGGCAGAGCGUCCAAAGAGCAGUUAUGAACGUGGGCGUGGUGGUGUGGUGGAGGUGGUGGUGGUGGUGGUUAUGGAGGCUAUGGGGGCAGUGAAGAUAGAGGCAGUCGCAAUGAUAGGGGUAGCCGUGGAGAUGACAGAGGUCGCGGAGACGACAGAAGUGGCCGAGGAGAUGAUAGAGGUGGCCGUGGACGAGGAGGUGACCGGGGCUACGACAGACGUGGAGGCCCUGGAGGCCGAGAUGGCCCUGGUGGUGGUGGUGGUGGACGAGGCCGUGCUGGAGAUUGGAGGUGUGAUAGCUGUGGUAAUAAUAACUUUGCUUGGCGCAAUGCUUGUAAUCGCUGCAGCGAGCCAAAACCAGCCGGUGCUGGUGAAGAUGAUGGUGGUGGAGGAGGAGGAGGAUACCGUGGUGGAUUCCGCGGCCGUGGUGACCGCGGAGGAUACAGAGGCCGUGGCGGUGAUCGAGGUCGGGGUGGAUACAGAGACUCAGGACCAAUGAAGGGAGACCGUGGUCCAGGAAGGUCCAGACCUUACUAAAAGAAAAAACUCCUAGAAGUUAUUAGAGAUAGUUGAAAGGUGGCACAAUGUCUAACACAGAUAUUAUAAGAUAGUCAAUGCAGUAUUUUAUAUUCUUGACAUGCAAGAAGUCAGAACACUUGUUACAAAUACUUUUUUUAUUAUUAUUAUUAUUGUUAUUAUUAUUAUUAUUAUUAUUAUUAUUAUUAUUAAAUUAUUAUUAUUAUCAUCACCAUUAUCAACAAUCAUUUUGUAGACAUUGAAUUCAAAGUACAUGGUACUUUCUCUCCUCUUUGUUUCUCUCAUUUUUUUGGUUUGUAAGAUUUGACAAAUUUGUCAGACAUAGGAAUAAGCAAAGGUUGAGCACUGAAGAAAAAUAAUAAUGUUAAUAUAGCAGUACAAAAUUUCAAUAUCAGACGUUUAGCUGUACUUUCUAAAUUGAAUCAUGGGUCCACACUUUGCUCAUCAUCUUUUAGAUAAAUUUUAAAUGAUAGUCCAUAGAAUAAUUACCAAAUGUGACAGUAAUAUGGAAUGAACUCACUUGUAUAUGUUACAGCUGAAUUUUAAGAAGGCAAUUUAUGUCAGAUAUUGCCAUGGUAGCCAACUGAGUAAGAUGGCUUGAAUUAGUUACAUUCAGUGGGUUGAAUUAUAAAGGAAAUUUGGUAUCUUGUAUGAAGAUCUCAAGACAUGAUCUUAAAUAUAGAAGCAUCUUGAAGUAUUUGGAAUGGUUUCUUAUUUUGUCAUAAAGUAAUAGGAGUUUGCACAGUGCGUCUAGCCCAGAAAAAAUAUAUUUGUAAGGGUGGAUAUUCACCUCUGAAUGUUUUACUUUCUGUAACAAUAAAAAUUGAACCUUUCUCUUAUAAAA